AGAUUGAAAUAUGACUCUUGUCAAAGAGUAAAUAACACGGGUAAUAAUAAGUUAAAGAGUUUCCGACGAAGUCCAGAUUGGAAAUUUUCUCUUCCUCUUUCCUCCGUCGAAUCGAUUAAGAGGAAAAACGUUUGUUACACAUGUAUAUUUCAUCCGUUCCUCUUUCUGUUGGGAUUUAUCGAUAAACCGUUGCGCCGUCGUGUAUGUACAAAGGGGCACGGCUUAUCUGGAAUAUCCGUGGAAACAUUACGCGGUUCUCCACCUUAACGAAGGAAAAUGAAAGUGGGGAGUAGACGAUUUAUAAAGCGCGAGAGGCGAUUACACAACGGUCAUUCUUUACGCGAAAAGAAGCACGAGAGGGCGUACACGAUUGAACUCUCUCUUUCUCUGACGUGUACGCUUGUGCGAGUGCGAUAAAAAAGCGAAAGAUUGCACAACGUUGCGUUUACCACGCGACGAGAGGACAUCAAAGUAUUUGAAACGUUCGAGCGUGUACGAGUACCAGGAAGGAAAAAAGUAGAAUAGGAACGAGUCGACGGGCAAAAUUCCAAGCAAGGAAGUGAAGUGUUCAAACAAAGAAGUUACGAAUCGUUAAAGGACGGAAUCGGCUAUGAUCGACGUGGAAAAACUUACCGACAUGAGCUGUCAAGGACUACAAUCUUUUUCGUCGAGCACGAUGGCGGAAAGCGCAAAGCCAACGUGGAACACGAAGUCUCGAAAUUACAAAUGUUCACGCGGAAGCAACAUAACCUGUGGCAUGCUACCGACUCUACGUGCCCUUGCAUCUCGAGAAUGCAACGAUCAAGGUAGCAUCUGUAUGGUACCGCUCGACGUCGAGAUGGAUGCUGCCAGUCAUCUUCAAAUGAUUUUACUCGAGGCUUAUUGCCGUGAAAUUGGAAUAAGAGUAUCGAGAGUACCGUUACGUACGCUGCAAAACUUACUGGGUCCGGGACAUUCGGAUCUCUCCUGCGUUCUCAUCGACGAACCUUACUUCGUGGAUCCACCGGAAUGACGAAGAGGAACAAUUCAGUUUCUCUUCGGAUACGAUAUUGAAAAUUGAACAUUGACAAUACGUCGAAAAACGCGUAAAUGCGUACCCACGUGCGCUUGAAUCAGCGCGGGAGGAACAACCAUCGAACUAUACGACGAUGUUUUUUCGCAUUGAUUCGCGCCUUCGGAUUGGUCGAUCCUUCUACGCAGAAAACACACGACCUACAUCUUUCCAGCGAAUCGCUUCGUCAUCUUCUUACGUGACUUCGCUCUAUAAUGUAACAAAAGUCUAUGGAUUAUCGAUAUAGCUAUAUUUUUUCUAUUGCGUGGUACGAUUCAUAUUGAUCUGUACGAUCGAUCGUUAUAAAGAAAUAAAGAUAUAAGAAAGUUGCGAUUGGAGUUGACACGGA